CUCUCGGCCGGGCAGAUGGCUUCUCGGUGGCCGGCCGUGGGGGCCUCCAUGCGUCGGAGGUCCCUACAGAACCAGGGGCAGCUGGAGGAGAGCGAGGCCCUACAGCCUGCAGUUGGCCACCCAGACACCUCCAGCGGGGCCCUGGACUCCCUGUGCAGACAGUUCCAAAGGAGGCUGCCCCUGAGAGCAGUCAGCCUCAACCUCAGGGCGGGCCCCUCCUGGAAGCCCCUGGAAACCCCACAGCCAGGACAGCAGGGCCUCCAGGCUGCAGCUCGCUCAGCUAAGAACGCCUUGGGUGCCGUGUCCCAGAGAAUCCAGGAGUCCUGCCAAAGUGGCACCAAGUGGCUGGUGGAAACCCAGGUGAAAGCCAGGAGGAGGAAGAGGGGGGCACAGAAGGGCAGUGGCCCCCCAGCUCGCAGCCCGAGCCACAGGAGCACCCGGCUAUCAGUGGCCGCCCCUGCCCGCUCAACCCUGGACCCCCGGGAGAGGGCGAAUCGCCGCCUCUCCACCCAGAUGGGCCCGCAUGCCCACCCUCGGCGGCGGUCCAGGAGGGAGGCUGCCUUCCGGAGCCCCUACUCCUCAGCAGAGCCCCUCUGCUCCCCCAGCGAGUCUGACAGUGACCUAGAGCCCGUGGGGGCAGGCAUCCAGCAUCUCCAGAAGCUGUCCCAAGAGCUGGAUGAGGCCAUCAUAGCCGAGGAGAGUGGCGACAUGACUGUUUCUCUCAUUCAUGACUGA